AUGAAUUCAUUGGGAGAGUCGUUGCCAUCGGGGACGGGUUUACUCAGUGGAAAGUUGGAGAUCGAGCCGGAACAUGCACGACUUGCAAACAAGGCCUAUUUCAUAUAUUUAAUACCCGUGAAAUUCACGGCGAGACGAGACAAGGCGGAUGCCGCUGUUCCCAUCCCUGAACGUCUCGAUGCAGCGAAUUACGUGCCAAUUCUCUGCGUUGGCAUCACUGUCUUCAAUACAUAUGCUAAUAAGUUCGGGUAUCGCGUUGUGGCUCUGUCCCGGAAAGCCGAGGAGAUCCCCGCGCUGCAGUUGCAGGGUCUUGGAGGUGCAGCUAUGGUGGUUGCGAUGGCGCCGGAUGCGGAGAGUAUUCGUGUUUUGGUGAAUAGGUUGCAGUCGUUGGGGAAGUUGGUGAUUCUUGGCGGUUGCUGGAGAUGUGUCGAUCAAUACAGGCCCAUUAAUUGUCUAUGGGUGUUCCUGCAUGGCUGGCCGUCUGGACAUGCCCUAGAUUCCGAGGAGGCGAUUCGCUUCGCCGGGUCGCAAGGGGUCAACUAUAUGGUGGAGAAGUUUCCGCUGGAGUGA